CCUUCAUUUCAUUCCUCUAGCUACCCACAUCGAUCACUCCAUCCUCAUCUCUGUGCUGCUGCUGCUGCUGCUGCUGCUGCAACAACAACACCAACAACAAUGGCUGCCGGUGCAGCGCCGAUCAGCUCGGAGCAGAUGAGCGAGUUCCGGGAGGCCUUCGCCUUCUUCGACAAGGACGGCGACGGCUGCAUCACGGCGGAGGAGCUGUCCACGGUCAUCCUCUCCCUGGGCCAGACCCCGACGCCCGAGGAGCUGCGGGACAUGGUGCGCGACGUGGACGCCGACGGCAACGGCACCAUCGAGUUCGCCGAGUUCCUGGCGCUCAUGUCCCGCAAGGCCGACGCCGACGCGGACGCCAGCGACCCCGAGGAGGAGCUCCGGGAGGCCUUCCGGGUGUUCGACAAGGACCACGACGGCCACAUCUCCAAGGCCGAGCUGGGCCAUGUCAUGAUCAGCCUUGGCGAGAAGCUCACCGACGAGGAGGUGGAGGAGAUGAUCCAGGAGGCCGACCUCGACGGCGACGGCCUCGUCAACUUCGACGAGUUCGUCAGGAUGAUGAUGCUCUCCGACUCCGACCAGCAGCAGCACUGAGAUACACUGUCCGUCCAUUUCUCCAAUGGACAACUGACGGCCGGCCUGGUCGCCGUGAUUAAUUCAGGUUCAGCAGCGACGAGUCAAUCCAGCUAUAUGUCUCAGCCAGCUGCUCCAUAUCUCCAGUUGAUGCCGGCCGGAAUUCUGCCGGAGCUUUCAUUUACUCAUUAACUGAGCUGCAUGUAUAGAUGUAUGGAUUGGUUACUGAUAUUCUUGACCUGAAUAAUGUGAUUGAUCGUUAAAAAGGUCU